ACUUUUAUUGAGGAACGAUGAUAAGUACAUUUUUGAAUCGGAAAAUGCUGUUAUAUUAUCAAUAUUUUCUAAUCAAAAAGAAAUCAUAAAGGAACUAAGUCCAUAUUAUUGUAAUUAUUUGUUAUCGGCUUAUCCAACCAAAGUUGAUGCAAAACAACUUAGAGUCGCUUAUACUACUGUCAUAAAAUCACUAUCGGAGGUUGAUGAUGUUUUAGCUUGGCUAUAUUCUCAUCCGGAAAUUUCUAAUCAUGCAGAAGGCUCG